AUGGACGCAGCAGCAUUAUUUGUGCAGCCGCAGUCGGUUAACGAAAUACCAAAUGGCCAUUGUAGUGACCAAAAGCAACAGUGCGUGCGUGAUUAUUCCAAAAUUUGUGGUAUAAUAUCCUUUGUACAGGACGAGCAUGCCGCUUAUAAAUACACCGUUUAUCGUUGCGCUGCCAAAGUAAUAAGCCUGCAAAAACUACUUUUUACAUCGUAUAUACCCUACAAACUGGUACAAGCUUUAAUGGAUCGUUAUAAAAUACUUAAUGUAGACGCUAAUUUAAUGAUUCCACCAUUUCAAUUGACCACAUUCAUACAUGACUUAUAUCAUGCUUGUGAAACUUUGGGACAUUUUAGUAAAUCAUCAACUUAUAAUAUUGAAACGGCCACAAGUGUACUGGCAACAUUCUUUUGGAAUCUAUUCGACCCCAACCGAAGACAUUCCAUUUCAGUUCUGGAAAUAAAAGUUAUGUUUUUGUUACUUUGCAAGCAUAUUGGAUUUUUUGACUGGAGUACCGAAUUUUACAAUUUGCUGCAUGAUCCAAAGACAAGAUGUGUUCCAAAGAAAAAUUUUAAAUACCUUAUUAAUAUCUUAACGAAAGUUUUUAGCUACUUGGGAGAAGAUAAUGGUUAUGGACCACACAAUAUAGAAUUAAUAAUGGAGAAGUGUUUUGCUAAGUCUCAUAAUCUGUAUGGCUUAACUGAAUAUCAAUUCAAGAAUUUAUGGUGUGAUAAUCGCACACGUUUUAGUAUAUUCGCUAAUCUAAUAAAUCUUAUAAAACGUAUACAAGAUACGGAAAAACUAGUACAUAACAACAAUUGUGCUGCUUGCAAUACACAAAUCAUUGGUAUACGUUUUAAAUGCAGGAUAUGCAAAGAUUUGUCGCUUUGCUUUUCCUGUUUUGCAAUAGGAUAUGUAAAAGGAAAACAUGUGGCUAGUCAUCGAAUGUUUGAGGUGUUUAAUGAGGACGUAUCGCCAAAAAAAAUAUCGCAUUUUUUUGCAAACAUUUGUAAUAUUUUCACAAUAAGGCAAAGAAGUGAAGAGUCAAAAAGCUUUUGCAAUACAAACGAAUCGAACAGCGUUGAUGGCACUGAAUUGGAAACAAUAACACCCGAACGUACUAUAACCAAUGAUACAAUGACCACCGUUAUUGAAGCCACCAAUAUUGCGGUUGAAAACUCAAUUGCUGGACUUUCAACAAGUGCCUCGACUGCUUCAAAUGUUUCCGAACAUUUGCAAUCUAUUAUCGAUCGGCUUUUGCAACAGAAUUCGAAAAUUGAAAAACAAAUAAAAUUCGUCAAAACGUCGACACACGAGGAACUUAGCAAUUUUCUGCAAUCACAUCAAAAUUUUUUAAUUGGCAUAAUUAGCGAAAUGCGAAGGUUUUCGCAUAUAUCAAAGUCCUUGAGCUCGUAUCCGACAUCGAGUACGCCUAAUCGAUCGCUUACUGAGAAAACUCUAACGGAAACGGCGGCAGUUGCACCUGAUAACAUGAGUGUUAUGGGCAGCACUUUAACGCACUCAAUUGAUGGAGCAGAUUUGAAUCGUAGCUAUUUGAAUGCAAACAAAUCUGACGAUUCAAUUAAAGACCUUAGUACGUGGUUUAAUCAGCGUAGUCCAUCUGUUUUGGCGCCAAUAACAGAUACUAACAGCACAGAUUGCUUGGAUGUUUUACCACCAGCUAGAUCCAGACCUAGUGGAUCGGAAUCAGAUGGCAGUUUUGAAAUAGUUGACAUACGCGACACUGAUAUGAUGAAUUUUAAAGUGCUGUUGAAUAAAGUAAAGGAAAUCGUUGAAGACUCUUUCAGUGAUAAUACAGAAUUGGCAGCAGCAACACAAAAUUUGGAAAAUGUAUUAGAUAGUAUUGUGCGAAAUGAAGAGAAAAAACGAAGUAGUACUUAACAAAGAAUGCAACUAUUUUUAACACUAAAAAUAUUAAUAUAAAUUCAAGACUAACUUAAAAUUCAAAUCUCUUAGGUAGGUCUUAAGUAAAUAGUAAAUAGUAGUAUUUUCUAAGUAUGAUACCUCUAAUCAAAAGUAAAUUUAAUGAACACGUACAUAGGUACCAAUGUACAAGAAUUAGGUUAAGAGUAGUGUAUUAAAUUAUGCAUAAUAAAACUUUGAAUGCCUUGUCUUGAUUAA